GAUUCCUUUUCAGAUAUUGGAAAAUUUCUAUCAGUUUCUCUCAUUUUCCCUUUGGUUUUCUGGAAAUCCAAUCAGGUCCGGAAAGUGGGUCAGCUUCUAUUUGUGUUGUGGGUAUGUGGCAAGUCUUUCUGACACCUCUUUGUCUCAAUCAUGAACUGAGUGUGAGCCUGGCAUCAAUUAUUUUCUUUGCGUUUUUUUUUUUUUUGGGAUUUUAUUUUAUUUUUAUUUUUUUUGGGUUCUGUUUGCAAAAUUCAAUACCACAGCACAUGCGUCCAGAUUCAGACACUUCUGAAGGCUGGUCUUCUUUCACAUUAUUCCUCUUUAUCUUAUAGAAAAAGUGCCUUUUACCCAUCUGGAUUUUCUUACUAAUCAUUCAUUGCUCAUCUGUUUUUAGUCUGUACCCCAUCAAUAAUUUCCAAAGAUUGAAGCUUUCUUUUCCAUUUGGGUUUUUUCGCUGAACACUGCCUUUGGUUUGUGUCUGGUUUUGCAUAAACUGCCAAAGGUUGUGUAUAUUUGAGCACUUUCCCCAUCUGGCAGGGUUAGUGGGUGAUUCCUGUUCCGCUCUCUGCAACCUGUUCAAAUUCAUGGGUAUAGAGGGGAAAAGAGUCUUCUCAAUAUGGGGCUGAGGAAAAAGGGGUUUUCUCAAUCUGGGUAUUGAGAAGAAACCUGUUUUUUAAUCUUGGCAUAGAGAUCUCUUGAGUUCUUGUAUGAAAUCUUGGAUUUCUUCAUCUGGGUUUUCAUAGUAAUGCAUAUUGAAGGUCUCAAAAAUGGCAACUCUUGUUCCUGGUGUGCUUCUGAAGCUUCUACAGCAUAUGAAUACAGAUAUAAAGAUUGCUGGUGAGUACAGGUCAUCUCUCUUGCAAGUUGUGAGCAUUGUUCCUGCACUUGCAGGUGGUGAGCUCUUUCCAAAUCAAGGGUUUUAUCUCAAGGUUUCAGAUUCUUCACAUGCUACAUAUGUCUCUCUUCCUGAUGAACAUGAUGAUCUCAUUCUCAGUGACAAGAUUCAAUUGGGUCAGUUCAUACAUGUGGAACGGCUUGAGGCCGCUUCCCCAGUUCCCAUUCUUCAUGGGGUUAGGCCUGUACCUGGCCGACACCCUUGUGUUGGAAGCCCAGAAGAUAUUGUUGCUACUCAUUCACUUGGAUUCCUCAACAAUUCUUCUUUAGGAUUGAAACAUGUGGAAAAAGUGAAAUCGCCAUCCAAAGUAUUGAGUAAUAAUCAUGUUGGGGAUAAGGAGAAAUGCACGGCAGUGAGAUCAAAUGGUAUUGGUAAGGAUGAGCAGGGGGAUAAAAAAACGCCAUCUUUAAGUAGAUCAAAGUCUCAAUUGUCAAAACAGUCUUUGAAUGUUGUUAUAGAUAAAAAGGAAACAUUAGCAAGAUUGAAGUCUUCGAAUUCGCGAUCGAUCCCUUCGUCCCCAACAAGUUGCUAUUCAUUACCAACUUCUUUUGAGAAAUUUGCAAAUGGAUUUAAGCAGCAGGCAAAGAUCAAAGGAGAGAGGGCCACAGCUAAGCCUGGAUUGGUGGAAAAGGCAAGUUCUGUUCGAGGGCUAAGUCCAACUAGGAAGAAGGUGCCUGUAAGCCUGCUCAGAAAUGCAGUUCAUGGGAUUGAGUUGGGGCCUAAGGCUCUCAGAAAGAGCUGGGAAGGGAGCAUAGAGGUGAAGAACAGAGAAACUUCAAAACCGAGGGCCACCAAGCAUGAACUAAAGCCUGAAACUCGGAGUUCUUCUGUUCCUAGAAAAAAUCUCUUGAGUGACAGGUUACCAUCUAAAGAGGAGAGUAAAGUUCGGAUGUCUACCCAGUCAUCUAAAGAUGACAGUAAGGCACAGAUGUCUAUAAAGAAAAUGAAUGGAAAUGGGGCUUUGGAUGAUGUUGAAAAGUCAAAUAAACAAAGAAGUGCUGUAGGAAAGAAAUCAUCGGAGGUUAAUAAUCAUGGAUUACCAGGAAACUUGGUCAAGGUUUUCCCGAAUAGUAAGAGAUUAACAGAAGGAAGUGUUUCAUGGUCCUCACUUCCAUCUUCUCUUGCAAAGCUCGGAAAGGAAGUUUUGAAGCACAGAGAUGCUGCACAAAUAUCUGCCAUAGAGGCCAUGCAAGAGGCUUCUGCUGCAGAGAGCUUACUUCGAUGCUUAAGCACAUACUCUGAGCUAAGUUCGACUGCUAAAGAAGACAACCCACAGCCUGCUGUGGAGCAGUUCUUGACUCUGCAUGCAAGCUUGAAUAAUGCUCGCCUUGUUGCUGAUUCGCUAUCUAAAACCAUCCCAGUUGGUUCAUCUCCAGAUCAUGAAGAAAACCCCUCAGAAGAAGCAUUAAAGAUCACUUCGGAUAGACGUAAACAGGCAGCUUCCUGGGCCCAUGCUGCAUUGGCCACCAAUUUGUCAUCCUUCAGUGUAUUUAGAAAAGAAUCCACUUUGGGUCUGGCUCCAUCUCAAAACCAGAAGACUCUAGCUGGAAAUCAACCCAUGUUAGUCCUUGAGAACUCUGUUAAGAAUGCUUCAACAAAGACACAAACCAAGGCCCGCCAGACAGUUGGCUCUAAGCUUGCUGCACCAGGAACUCCACGCAGACCAGGGGAUGGGCCAACUGCAAGCCAGAAACCAAGGCCCCCACCUCCAACAGAGUGGAUCAGAGGAAAUGGUCUUGACGAAGCCAUUGACUUGGCUGAAAUGUUGCGAAUGGAGUCACAAGAUUGGUUCUUAGGAUUUGUGGAGAGGUUCUUGGAUGCUGAUGUGGACAUCUCGGCAUUGUCAGAUAACGGUCAGAUAGCAGGUAUGCUUACUCAGCUCAAGAGCGUAAAUGACUGGUUAGAUGAGAUAGGGUCUAGCAAGGAUGAAGGCGACACACCCCAUAUUUCAGCUGAGACAAUCGACAGGCUGAGGAAGAAAAUUUAUGAGUAUCUUCUCACGCAUGUGGAAUCUGCUGCUGCUGCACUUGGUGGUGGUGGAUCACAACCAUCGCCACCAACCCGAACAACAGAAUCAAAAACAAGAAGAUAAGCUUGGCAUCAACAAGUACAGUGUCCUCCAUAUAAAUAUAUAUAUAUAAGCGCAAGAACAAGACAUCACAGGUGUGCCCUUUAACCAACAAGCGGUUUUGGAGCUCCAUAAGUUAUGUACAUAAUCCUACAUGGGGGUUUGAGGUAUAGUUGGAGUAGUCAUUACUGAUUACCAAGAAAAGCAUUUGAUGUGAAGUUAUAUAGGAUUGUUUUCUUUCUUUUCUUUUUAAUUAUUUGGGAGGGAUUUGUUUACUCAAAAACUAUACAAAUCACAAUAGUUUGCAAUGGAGAGAAGAACAUGGUCAUCUUCUCCUGAGGCCAUGAAUUUGUGUUUUUGGUUUCAUGAAUCAAAAUUCUUUUACUAUUUA